AUGGCACGCACAAAUCACGUCCCGCGAAACUCUUUUCUCGUCCCCGGGAUCACGCGCUAUUCUCGCUCAGUGAUCUACGCCAAAAAAGCCAUGUAUAAACGCAAGAAAACCCCACAACCGAAACAAGAAACGAAACCCGAGCAGAUCAAAACCGUGCAAGUCAAGGGUGAGAAAAAUGGUGAAAAACGUUUAGUCCCUGUGAAUAAGGCGCCGAGAUUCUAUCCGGCCGAGGAUAUUCCGGUCCCAAAGAAAUCUCGUAAAGUUAAUAGACCGGCCAAACUUCGUACCAGUAUUACGCCUGGAACGGUUUUGAUUUUGUUGGCGGGCAGGUUCAGGGGGAAGAGGGUCGUAUUUUUGAAGCAGUUGCCUGGGAGUGGAUUGCUAUUGGUUACAGGGCCUUAUAAACUAAAUGGCGUGCCGUUAAGGCGCGUUAAUCAGGCUUAUGUAAUUGCCACUUCUACGAAGAUUGACGUUUCUGGAGUCUCGCUUGAUAAAUUUGAUGAUAACUAUUUCAAGAGAGAGAAAAACGCAAAUAAGAAGGCUACAGAAGAAGAAUUCUUUAAAGAGGGCGAAAAACAGAAAAAAGAAUUCCCAGCCGAGAAAGCCUCUCUCCAAAAAGAGGUUGACAAACCACUUAUCGCUAAUAUCAAAAAAGACAUUGAUCUGUACCAUUACUUGCGGUCGCGAUUCACACUUACGAAAGGUGUAUUUCCGCAUAAAUUGAAGUUCUAA